CAGAGACAAGCCUGUGUAUCAAUCAGCGUCACUGAUGUCGUGGUGUGACGAUGUAUGCGACAGAUGUUACUGCGGUGCUUGUAGUUGUAUGCUCCUUUGGUCUUCCACUGAUGGGUAUUGGGGCAGCUACCACGAGCUUUGUGGUUGCCCCAAGCAACGGGAAUGUCACCAUGACCUGGAACCUUCCUGAAACUGACAUCAGGGAGUUUACUGUAUUUUAUGAUUCCUACCCGGCUAUUGAUAUAUUUCAUGUGCAGAACAGUGGCAUCAAGAUAGUCAGCGAUGACUACAAAAACAGGAUUGAAAAUAUAUCCUCAUCCGGAUCAGGAGUUUUUGGUUUUGAAUUUUUUAAUGUGAGCCCUUGGGAUGACGCUGGGGCAUACGGCUGUUACAAAGGGCCGCCGGACUCCGGGGGUGCAGACAUUCCUGGAUGUGGACAGACCCUCAUUGUUGUUGAUCUCAUCCAGGAACCAUACCUCGUAGUCCCGGAAUCUGUCACGCACAGUGCAGGUGCCAUCCUACAAUGCCUCAUCGCCUUCCGCAGUCACCCAAUAGGUCUCCAGCCCAAGGUGUCAGUGAGUUGGAGGAAGAACAAUGCGACACUGGAGAGAGGCCCGAACUACACCAUGACGGCUGACACGGGCAUGUGGGACUUGGAAGUGUAUCACAGCAGCACCCUAAAUGUCAAUGAUGCUGGGCUGGAUGACGAUGGGGCACGAUACUCCUGCCAGGUGGUCGUCGGAGAUGGGAUUCAGACAGACUGGAGUGAAGAGUAUAGCCUUGGCGCGGAGUUUUCAGAACAAGGGUCAAAGAACUACACAGUGGCUGUGGAUGGCGAUGAUGCCAUAUUGUCGUUCUGGAAGCCCAACAUCAGUGACACGCUCUCCGUGUGGUCCCCAGAGGAGUCGGUUCUAUUCACCAUGGAAUCGGCAAACAUUAAGAUAUGGUCAAGCUACAGGUCAAGAAUGAAGAUCAGUGCUGUCGUAACUCCCAGUAAAGCUGUCCGAGUAUUACUGCAGAAUGUUACCCCGGCUGAUGCGGGCAGGUACCUCUGUGGGAGAGGGGUCAUCGACAGGGAGCUCAUUGUACCCAACUGUGGAGUAAUCUUGGUACUGCUGAGACCACCCGUGAGACCCGUUAUUGCCCUACCCGCACAGCCGAUGUCAGGACAGACUAUCACAGUUACCUGUUCCACCUCGUCCCGCAGCCUCCCGCAAAGUCAUCCCUUGGCGAUGUCCUUCUGGUGGUUUAAAGACGGCGCUUUGCUGACUCAGGAGGGGAAGUAUGGCGUACGUGAGUCGACCCUCACUAUCAGGAACGUCAACGCAUUGGAUAGCGGAAACUACACUUGCCAAGCCAAGGAGGAAGAUGGACUCGUGUCAGAACGUAGCGAGGCCGUGCUGAUGGAUGUUAAGACACCUGGACAUGGCGGGGAUGAAGCAAGCAUCUCAUCACAAAACGGUGGUAAUGCUGGCACGAUAUCAAUUGUCGUUGUUGCUGUAAUUGCCGGCGUUGGCCUUGUCGUUACUGCCAUUGUCCUGCAAUUGAGAAAACAACAACACCGAUGUCCAGUUGCAGCCAGGUCACAUGUGUGUGAGACUGAUGAGGCAAUGCCGGAUGAACAUUACAGCCAAAUAGAAAUUAGAAACGAGACGAAAUGAAAAUAGAAUGAAAGAACAAUUAAAAAUAAUCCUUGUGAAUCCUUUCGAUAUUCCCACAAUGACGAAACAACAUCCUCGGCCCAUCCGCAGCAGAUGUCCACAUGUUACGCUUGCUUUUUGUUUAUUUGUUUGUUUUUGUUUUUAUUGUUCAACGCCGCAGCCAGCAAUAUUCUCAGCAUAAAUGACAAAGGUUUGUAAGUAAUCGAGCUGGACCAGACAAUCCGCUGAUUGACAACCUAGGCAUCGAUCUACGCAAUUGGGAUACGACGAAAUGUAACAACCAAACCACCCGAUCCCGAUAAGCAUAGUCGCCCCUACAAGUAAGGGUUGCUGAAGACCUGUUCUAACCAAGAUCUUCACGCGUGCACUGUGCUGGUAAAUAGAUUGUAUAAUGUAAUGUUAUGUACAUAGAAACCUUUGACCAUUGGAACUGCGGGUUAGGGCAGAUUUUCAGCAACCUGUUUGUCGUCAAAAAGGACUUGGUUGAUUGCGUGUCAACGUACUCUGCGGUCUCGAGUCCUUGCACGUCACUGGAUUGUGUGGUCCACACACACGCUUAUUUACAAGUCUCCGUCAUUCAGCUGCAAUAUUGCUGGAAACACCUUUGCGGGACAGACAUUCGUUUUAUUAUAUUAACAGCUAUACAUGACGUCAAGCUUCAGAUAUGUUCGUAUUUUGCAUUUUUGUAAAUGCUAUCAGAAUAUAUGGUUCAUUAAAGAAUAAAUACUUUUUAGAAUGGAA